AUGGCAGCGGUGCAGGAGGCCGGGGAGAAGGCCCCAGCGCUCGGGGAGAACACAGAUGCGGUUGAAGUGGGAGCAGCCCUGAGACUUGGGGAACUGGAACUGGAGGAGGAAUGGCAGGAUGAAGAGUUCCCUGGAUUGCUUCCGGAAGAAGAUGGCACUUCCGAAGACCCUCCGGAGGACUCCCAGACAGAUGAGCUGACGACCUGGGAUGCGGGCUUGGGGGCCAACACCGCGGUGGAAAGGCUGGGCCAGAGCUGCGUCUGGGACAUGGCGGGUGCUGAUGGUCAUCGCUGGAGGGUGUUCCAAACAGGCCAGCGGGAGCAGCGGGUGGACAUGAGCGUCAUCGAACCCUACAAGAAAGUUCUUUGCCAUGGAGGUUACCAUGGUGACGGCCUCAAUGCUGUCAUUUUCUUCACUUCCUGUUACCUCCCCAGAAGCAGUAUCCCCAACUAUGCCUACGUCAUGGAGCAUUUGUUCAGGUACAUGGUGGGAACGCUGGAGCUGCUGGUGGCCGAGAAUUACCUGCUGGUUCACUUGAGCGGAGGCACGAGUCGGGCACAGGUGCCCCCCCUGAGCUGGAUACGCCAGUGUUACUGCACCCUGGACCGGAGGCUCCGGAAGAACCUGCAGGCACUGGUGGUCAUCCACGCCACGUGGUACGUGAAGGCAUUCCUGGCUCUGCUGCGGCCGUUCAUCAGCUCCAAGUUCACACGCAAGAUUCGUUUUCUGAACAGCCUGAGAGAGUUGGCCCAGAUCGUCUCCUUGGAUCAGGUCCACAUCCCCGAAGCUGUCAGACAGCUGGACCAGGAUCUCCAUGGCUCUGGAGGGACCUAGCAUGGGACUGGAUCAAGGACCUUAGAACCCAGCCAAGAU